AACAAAAUGGUUGUUUCUCGUUUCACAGUCAAUUGUCAAAAGUUCACAAUGAAACUUUACGUUUAACUGCGACGAGAAAUCGAUACACUGGAAAUUAACUCCGAAUAAACACCACUCAUCAUUAUACCAUCGCCUUUUUGCAUAUAUUCCUUUUUAUUUGGAAUGUACAUUCACGAGCAGCGUUAGUGGGAAGCACUUAGCCUAAAUAAAAUGAUUGUACAGGAACCAGUUCAGGCUGCUAUUUGGCAUUGUUUAAAUCAAUAUGAUUUUGAAGAUGCUAUAUUUUUAUCAGAGAGAUUGUAUGCUGAAGUGAAAACAGAUGACAGUUUAUUUCUGUUGGCUACAGCAUACUAUCGGAAUGGUCAAAUUGAUCAUGCCUAUCAUAUACUAAAGGAUAGAGUUGGUGCUUCUACACAAUGCAGGUUUUUAUUAGGAAAUUGUGCUUAUCAAAUGCAAAAAUAUGCAGAAGCAGAAAAUGCAAUAAUGGAUAACUAUUCAAAAAGCAUUGAUGACCUUAUACUAGAUUUUGAUGAGCAGGCUGCAUUUGCUGUUUUGUUAUUGGCGAAAAUUGCGGACAAAACUGGGCGUAAGCAGAGCGCCAUCGAGAUGUACAGUCGGGCGCUCAAACUAAAUCCAUUUCUGUGGUCUUCCUUUGAGAGCCUUUGUAAGCUGGGUGAGGCACCAAAUCCAAAUGUGUACUUCCAACUGCAGGAUAUGGAGAAUCUCUCCCAAUGCCAGGGUUCAAAUCAGUGUAAUAUAGAAAACUUGGUGAUUGCCAACAAUCUCCCAAACGGCGAUAGCGCGUACAUCACAACGCCGCAGCAGAUAUUGAAUAUUACGGCGGGGAAUCUCAAUGCAAAAGUGGGCACACCGGAAGACAGUCCGCUCGCGAAUCCGCUCUGCAUGUCUGGGGUGAGUCUAUUGCCCCCUACGCGGAAAAAAACUUUGAGAUUACGAUCAAUUGAGACAUAUAAUUCUAGUCCAUCAACGCCAUCAUUCGGUUGUAUAUUAGAGCGCUCCGACGAUCACAUGACUCCAAACACACCACCUACUAAUCCGGAGAAUAACGAGCCUAAAUCCUUCCUCAUCAAGAGCCGCAUGCAGAUGAGCCAGUGGGGGAAUCGCAAAGAAUCGGUGCUAUUGAACAAUAAACCAGUGUUCAGUCAAACGAGCAACGUGAACAAUACGAACGCAGUUAGACCUAGCACACCGGCAGUCACAACCGGUCAAAACGUUCGCCGCAGUUCGCGUCUCUUCAGUAGUAAUAACUAUUCCGUGAAAGAGAACAACAAGUCGCCGAAUUGCACCAAGUUCGUCACGCCGAAAUCGCCGAGUCGCAAAACGAAGCAGCGCCUUGCCAAAUGCAGCCUCAACGAGUUCAAUUACAUGGAGCUCAACACGCGUAACCUGAAGAGCCUCAAGAAAGAUAUUCCUGAGACCGUCACGUCGACUGACACAACCAAAUCAAACACGAGUGCAAUCAUCACAAACAAUUGCGCCAAUAACUCGCAGUUAUUGUCUCUGUUACAGCUGCAGAAACAAAGCACCGAGGGAUUAAUGUGUUUGCUACGCGAUCUCGGCCAAGCAUGCCUGUAUCUAUCUCAAUAUCUUAGUAAAAAGGCCAUUGAAGAGCUCAAUCAACUGCCAAGCCAUCAGUUUGAAACGUCGUGGGUGUACUGCAAGCUGGGUCUUGCGUACUUUGAACUAAACGAUUACGAAAACUGCGUGAAAUACUUCGGCGAGGUGCACAAUAGAGAACCCUAUCGAUUAAAGUACAUGGAUAUAUAUUCCACUGCAUUGUGGCACCUGCAAAAAGAGGUGACACUCUCCGCCUUAGCGCAGGACCUCAUCCAAGUCAACAAGCACUCGCCGAUCACGUGGAUCGUGAGCGGUAAUUGUUUCUCGCUGCACAAGGAGCACGACACGGCGAUCAAGUUCCUUCACCGCGCUGUGCAGGUUGAUGCCAGCCAUCCCUAUUCGUACACGAUACUAGGUCACGAAUAUAUCAUGACCGAAGAGCUGGACAAGGCGAUGAAUUGCUAUCGUAACGCGAUACGGCUCGAUCCACGACACUACAACGCCUGGUUCGGCAUUGGGACCAUCUACUCGAAACAGGAACGCUUCCAUUCGGCGGAAAUUAAUUAUAAUAGAGCGCUGUCGAUAAAUCCGCACAGUUCAGUAAUCCUAUGUCAUAUUGGUGUGGUGCAGCAGGCUCUGAAGAAAACCGACAAAGCUCUCAGCACACUCAACACGGCGAUCGCCAACGAUCCCAAAAACGCACUGUGUAAAUUCCACCGCGGGUCGAUAUACUUCAAUGUCGGCCGGCAUGCGGAAGCGCUGAAGGAAUUGGAAGAACUGAAAGAGAUUGUGCCGAAGGAGUCGCUCGUCUACUACCUCAUCGGCAAGGUACACAAGAAAUUAGGCAAUAUUGAUUUAGCAUUGAUGCACUUCAGCUGGGCCACAGAUCUUGAUCCAAAAGGUGCGAGUAGUCAGAUCAAGGAAGCAUUUGAUCCUUCCAUCGGACGCGUCACCGAGAUGGACCAGCCCGGUACGCCGACCAUCGACGAUCAGCCCACUGAUAAUGUAGCUAUUUAUCAAGUGUUUGAUAGAUCGCUUGACGACAGCGAUGAUAGUCUUUAAUAUUAUUAUACAAACAAACAUACAAAACAAUUACUGGAAGUCUCGACAAGUCGACAGCAUUCACAUAUUUAGGACUCGCUACGAUAAAAAAAGACUUUUGUUUCAUUUUGAUGCUGUGUUACUUUUAACUUUAAAUAAUUAUUUCUAUACAAAGGUUUUAUUUUUUUUACAUCGAAGAGAGAGAGCCCGAUCGGUUGCUGGUGCCGCCAUUUUCAAUGCUGUAAGUAAUUUAUUCGUAACAAACGAGAAAUCGGCGAGAGUGAUAAAUAGACACUUAUUAUGUACAAAUCGAGCGUGUUUGUCGAAUAAAAUUAUUUUACUCAUUUAAUCUUAUCAUAGACUAAACGGUUCAUCAUUUUCAGUGCUGAUUUUCAAUCAUUAUUUUGAUCAAAAAUUUAGUUUUUUUAAGCUGAUGGUAAUAACUCAAUAAAAUUAUGUUUUGAAAAAUAAAA